AUGACAAUAUCACCUUAUAUAAAAACAUAUUCCACCAAGCCAAGGAAAUAGGAAGCUAAGCCACUGUAGCGGCCCGGAGCAUGGGCGUUGAAAGAACAUGGCGGCAGGUAUUCUCGAUACUCAUUCCCAGAGGCUCACUGUCGGCAUAGUUAUAACCUGUCUUGCGUUCUCCAUAUUAUCGUUUGGCCUUCGAAUCUACGCGAGAAGUGCCUCGGCGGCAAAGUUAUGGUGGGAUGAUUAUUGGAUGUGCUUGCCUAUGCUCAUAUGCAUUGCUAUGAGUACGAACGACUUCGUCGGGCUUGUAUAUGGGUCCGGCCAGCACCAAGCUGAUUUAGACGAGGAAACCGUCAUCAAAUUCAUGAAGAAUCUCUAUAUAUAUGAAAUCUUCUGGUCCAUCGGCGUCUUCAGUGUUAAAGUCGGCAUUCUAUUGUUCUAUUGGCGUGUUUUCCAUACGAAAUCUUUCCGCAUAUCGGCCAUUGGCGUUGGAUGCUUCUCGCUCAUGAUCUUUAUCAGUAACUUCUUUUCUUUCGCCCUUCAGUGUACCCCAGUAGCAAGUUUCUGGGAAGGGAAGAUUGAGGAUUGUAUCGACCAAAAUACGUUUUACUCGGCAUCCGCCAUUAUCAACGUCAUUGGCGACGUCGCCGUUCUGGUCCUGCCUCUUCCUGUUGUUUGGAAAUUGAAUACAUCUAGGAGCAAGAAAUGGUCUCUCAGUUUUUUAUUCCUUCUUGGUGCAUUUGUCUGUGUUGCUAGCAUAUUCCGUAUUAUUGGUGUCUAUGAGAUUGAUCCGACCGAUUUCACAUUUAGUAACGUUUCUGGUGGUUUAUGGAGUACUGUUGAAGUCGAAAUAGGUUUUAUAUGCGCGAAUCUUCCGGCAGUUCGGCCCAUUGUGUUUAAGUGGUUUGGGGUUGGUAGCUCGGCAGCCACGUACGCAUCUGGUAGUGCUGGCCCUAGACAAUACGGCGUUUCUAGCAAAGGGGCGGCCCGGUCUGGCCAUAUAAUUCUACGAAGUAGAAAUAAUGAGUCGGGACAGCUGGACUCAGACACAGAAGCGCUCACGAGGCAAGGAAAGGAAGAGGCCAUGAAUCUACCGGAUUCAAGAGAACCAAAUGGUGAAGUACAGGAAGGUCAGGCCUUUGGGCUAACUGAUAUCGUCGUGAAGACGGACAUAGGUGUCUCAAUAGAUGCCAACCAACCGCUGCCUGACGAUAUGGAGCCAAAUCAUUAUGUUCGGAUAACAGCGCCACGUUCCAGGACGGCCAACCUAACGAGUGGCGGGGGAGGUUAUUAAAUAUAUGUCUUCUGUCUACGGGGAGCUUGAAAUAAUGAAAUAAACAUCUCAUAUAAUUAUAUACAUUUGAUAUGCUACA